UUUGUCUCGCAGAGUCGGGUUUGAUACAUUUAUGAUAUGACAAGAUAAGCUUCACUACAAAGCUAUGCCUUGUAAUGAACUAGGAAGCAUAAUUCGCGUGAAAAUCUCAGUAUAUUGAGGAAGAAUUAUUCGAAUGACGGACUCGGUUUAUUUAGAAACACAACUAAUUCACACUUAAGAAAGAAAGUUUAAUAACGUUAAAUUUUAAGUUUGUUAGUGUUGUUUUUUUAACUUUUGUGGAAUUAAGAGGCUUGAGAUGCCGGGAGCGCACAUUCUUUUUCUUUUUAACCUUGCGUACUGCGGUGUCUCAUUUGCAAUCCACAGCUUCGAAGAAUGCAAUACCACGGGGCCACGAAAUGGUACGCUAUCCACAUGUGGAAAAAAUACAACAAUUGCCAAAUGCUUUUACGAUCUCAAUAUUACCCACGCAUAUAAUUAUGAGAUCAACGCAUACAUCCGAUGUUCACGCCUGAAUCUAUCAUGUAUACCCGACAAAUAUGAAUUCUAUACCACAAUAAAUACCACAACGCUGAAUGGGAAAGCUUGCGGCUUAGACCUGAGCCACAACCUGUUCGAAGCUCUUCCCAACAACGCAUUUCACGACACAACCAAUUUGACUUUUAGCAAUUUACUAAACUUGCAUUUAAAUGAAAAUCGACUGCGUUUCUUGUCUUCGAAUGCAUUUAAUGGAUUAAUACAUUUGGAGUAUCUGAACUUGACUGGAAACUGCCUGGAAUGGAAAAGCAGUUUUCAGUACGGCGUGUUUAAUGCAUUGAAAUCAAUUCAAGUCAUCAAUCUGAAAAGAAAUAGGUUCAACAAUUUCACGGACUUAGAUAUAGAGCUUCAAAACCUGACAAGCCUGACUAUGCUGUACAUAAAUCCUUCAAACAUCACUGGGAACUUAACGUUUGGACCUGGCUUCCUGAAUCUUAAGAAUCUGACAAUAAUCAGUUUGGCUGGUUUCAGAAAUAACGACUGCUCGGUUAACCAAAUCCCAGAAGGUAUAUUUGAAAACACCGUGAAUGUUAAAAAUAUUUCACUUAGAGAGUGUAAUAUCAUCGACGUACAUGUGAAAGCUUUUUUUCCUUUAAAGGCCACUUUGGAAGAACUUGAUAUGUCGUACAACAGGCAACUGAAUUUCACAGGAUUAAAUAAGGCACUCGAGGGCCUGAAGUUUUCUUCUGUUUUGAAAACACUGCGAGCCACGAAGAUUUACAGCGAAUUAGGACUUGGUAUCGAGUUCCAGGCAGACUAUUUGAAAACCAUAAAAACGCUACAAAAUAUAGAAACACUAAACAUAGAUCUUAAUAAAAUAGAAGUUAUGAACGACGCAGUAUUUUAUCCAGAAUCACAAUGGCCACCUUCUUUGCGAAACCUCACACUAGCUGGGAAUAGAUUAACAGCUGGAGAAUAUAUGACAUACGGUUUCAUGGCAGAAAAUAUAACGAAUCUAGAUAUGUCAAGACAACAUCUUAAUUAUGACCCCUUUGCAGAAUACGGUCGGAUGGAUGGAACAUUUGACGAAAAGCACGCUCUUCGCCGUGAAGUCAGGAAUUCACAAAACACUAAUACAAAUACGUUUAUUAUUUUUUUUAGAAAUACUACAGAUUGGUGGUUUGUUUUCAUGACGAAUCCCGAGGUAUUCAAUGAAACUUGCGAAUGUGAUGUCAAUAUAUCUAAGAGUCUAGUGUGCCUGCCGAAAAAUAUGGGAACAUUAAAAUGGAGAGAAAGUUUCAUAUAUUCAACGAUCUCACCGGCUUUAAUCUGUGGCGCUUCUCGUUUGAAAAAUUUGGACAUCUCUUUUAACCUCUUUAUCACCUGGCAAGGCCCAGUGUUGGGUCUCGCCAACCUAGAAUCACUUGACCUCUCAGAAAACUACGCUAAAGAAUUGAAAAAGGAGUUCUUUUUGGGGUUUCCAAAUCUCUUACACUUGAAUAUAUCGGGAAAUAUGUUAGGUAGAUGCUUCAGUCCUGCGGUUAACAACGAGUCGCAUUUACUCUUUGCCAAUCUAAAUAGUAUGCGGUCGAUUGACAUGUCGUUAUUAAAAAUCUUUGACUUACCAGAUUCAUUGUUUAGAAACAUGUCACAGCUGGAAAAAUUGAACCUCAGCAACAAUUAUUUAACAACCUGGACAACAGAUCUCCAAAGCCAAUGUCUUUAUCAUCUAGAUGUUUCUGGAAAUAAGUUAGCGACGCUACCUGAAAAUCUCACAACGUAUCUCGAGACUCUCACCACAAACAACUGUAACCAAGGUCGAAAUGUGACGCUCGUUCUUAGCUAUAACCCACUAGAAUGUUCCUCCUGUGAUAAACUUCCGUUUUUAAAGUGGGUUCUCGAUACCAAGGUGAAUGUACACAGAGAACAACACGAAUUUUGUUUAUUUGAAGGGGGUAAACAGCCUUUGAGUACUAGAGCGGACUUCAGAAAGGCUAUAGACAGACUUUCGUCAUACUGCUCCGACAGAUCAUGGCAAAGUUGGGUUAUAGGUAGUGCGAGUGCUAUAUUUGGAGUUUUUUGUACAGCAUGCUUUGGUACAGUUGUAUACAAAAACCGAUGGAAACUGAGAUACAUGUAUUAUAACAGAAAACGCAGACAUACUAUUAAAGGAUUUGAGCAUCUUUUCUCUAAUGACGCAAUUAUUUCGUAUGCAAAGGGAAGAGCUAGUUUCAUCAAAAACAAAGUGGUACCCGCUUUAGAAAAAAACCAUGGACUUAAAUUGUGGUUGGUUGAUCGCGACAGCAUGCCGGGGGUAUCGGUAGCUGAAGAUGUUGUUCACGCCAUCUACUCCAGCAGAAAGACUGUUCUUUUCAUCGACGAUGAAUAUCUGACCAGUUCCUGGUGCGAUUAUGAUAUGAACAUGGCUCGUAUUGAGUCCUUAGAGUCCAAAAGGGACUUGAUCAUUGUGGUAUUGAUGGAAAAAUUGCAACUGGAAUAUCUUCCGUUGAAGGUUAUGAGAUUCCUUCGAAAUGAACGUUCACUCGAGUACCCAGAUGACGAUCAAUAUCUAGAGACAUUCUGGACAAAUCUUGCAUUUGAAAUUAAUAGUUAAACCCAACUUGUUUACCAACACUCUGGAUUAUUUGCCAAUCAAAUAUACUCUAAUUAAAAAAACAACAUUGAGGUAACUUUCUAAACGUGCAAGACACUACGUAAGAUUCGUACAAAGGCUAUGCUCAAUCAUGCAAGGAGGCAAUUUUUUACCUCUUCUUGAGGGAACUGAACUGCGGAGCCAAUUUUGAAACAGUGUGCAAAAAUUUUAGUAGGUGGUGAACACUUCGAGGAUUUUUGACCAUGACUGAUUGCGUUCUGAGAGACUGUAUACUGUCUUGGUUUAGUGGUGUAUAUAUAUAUAUAUUGUUUAAAGACAUUUCAUUUCAUCACAUUUGUAUGACCAUCUUUGUACAUAUAUACGUAUGCCAAGUGCUUUUGCUGUUUAAUCAUAUAAGCUGAGUGCAGGAUUGUAAAUAAACUGUAGCAAGUGUG